AUGAACCAAAACAUUCGAGAUGUAGUGUCCGAUGAGGAUAAUAAAUUUGUAGACACUGAUUACGGUGAUACCGAUGACGAUAGUGUAGAUAUAUUAACGACGGACUAUUGUAACACAAAUUUUCAAAGCGGGGGGAGUUAUAGUGAAGGGAAGAGUAAUAAAAAUAAAUUUUCAAUUGACAGUAUUUUAGGACUAAGCAAAGUUGAUAAUAAAUAUGUGUGUGAUAAUGACAAUGACGAGAGUGUUGAUAUAAAAACGAUAGGAUUAGAGACAAAAUUUGUUAAACCUACGCCUAUUUCAGCGUCUGCAAGAAUUCUUUGUCCUUCAAUACAACUUCACCAAUACAGACAGUCAAGUUCUGUUCCACCCGAUCCAGGACUACUUCAUUAUGUACCUGCAACGAAAAUAUCACCAAACAACAGUACUUCAGAAGCUGCGCUAAUGUCCUUUCACCAUCAGACUGCACCCUCUUUAUUAUAUACCAACUGGUUGAAAGCUUCAUCCCAAGAAAAAAAUGCAAGUCACAUUUUUGGAAUACACGCGCCAAAACCACCUAGCAGAAGGUCAAGGAAGCCUGGAUUGGACAGAAAACCCCGCCAAGCCUACAGUGCCAAGCAACUGGAACGCCUGGAAAGCGAGUUUAAAAUCGACAAAUAUUUAAGUGUCAGUAAAAGAAUGGAGCUUAGUAAAGCUCUAAAUUUAACGGAGGUUCAAAUAAAGACUUGGUUCCAAAACAGACGAACAAAAUGGAAAAAACAGUUGACGACACGACUGAAGAUGGCCCAAAGACAAGGACUCUUUCCUCCUCACUAUUUUGCAUCUAAUAGUCAACAGUACGCUGCUUUAUUCUCCCCUUAUUACGCACCGUUGGGUUGUGUGUUGAACUCGUCAACAGCAGAAAACCUAUCAAUAUCAACGGAUACUUCGAGAAGGAGUUCAUGA